UUUCAGUUGACCAAAGAAAUGGUGAUGGAGAAGCCAAGUCCCCUGCUGGUCGGGCGGGAAUUUGUGAGGCAGUACUAUUUUAACCAAGCACCUGACUAUUUGCACAGGUUUUAUGGAAAGAACUCUUCCUAUGUCCAUGGUGGCUUGGAUUCCAAUGGAAAACCAGCUGAUGCAGUCUAUGGGCAAUCUGAUAUCCACAAGAAGGUGCUGUCCUUAAACUUCAAGGAUUGCCACACAAAGAUUCGUCACGUGGAUGCCCAUGCCACCCUCAACGAUGGGGUUGUGGUGCAGGUGAUGGGAGAGCUCUCCAACAACAUGCAGCCUGUGCGCAGGUUCAUGCAGACAUUUGUGCUGGCACCCGAGGGUUCUGUUGCAAACAAGUUCUAUGUCCACAAUGAUAUCUUCCGCUACCAGGAUGAGGUUUUUGGGGACUCUGACACUGAGCCUCCAGAGGAAUCAGAGGAAGAAGGAGAGGAACCUGAGGAAAGACAGCAGACACCUGAGGCUGUUCCUGAUGAUACUGGUGCUUAUUACGAGCAGGCUGUCAGCAAUGACAUUGAGGAACACCUGGAAGAGGCUGCAGCAGAGGCAGAGCCUGAGCCAGAGGCAGAACCUGAACAGGAGGCUGAACCAGAGGCACAGGAAGAGAAGUCUGAGCCAGCACUGGAGGAGUCAGCUCCAGAAGAGACUGCAGAAAAGAGUCCUUCUCCAGCUCCUGCUGAUCCAGCUCCUGCAGUGCAAGAGGACUCCAGGACAUUCUCCUGGGCAUCAGUAACCAGCAAGAACCUUCCUCCCAGUGGGGCUGUUCCAGUAUCAGGAAUACCACCUCAUGUUGUGAAAGUACCAGUCUCACAGCCCCGCCCUGAGGCAAAGCCUGAAUCUCAGACCCCUCCUCAGAGACCUCAGAGGGAUCAGCGAGUGAGGGAGCAGCGAACAAGCAUCCCACCACAGAGGGGUCCUAGACCAAUUCGUGAGGGUGAACAAGGCGAUGUGGAAACCAGAAGGAUUGUGAGAUACCCGGACAGUCAUCAGCUUUUUGUUGGGAACCUUCCUCAUGAUGUGGAUAAAUCUGAACUUAAAGACUUUUUCCAAAGCUAUGGCAAUGUUGUUGAACUUCGCAUCAACAGUGGUGGAAAGCUCCCCAAUUUUGGGUUUGUGGUGUUUGAUGAUCCUGAACCAGUUCAGAAGAUCCUUAGCAACAGGCCCAUCAUGUUCAGGGGAGAGGUGCGCCUGAACGUGGAGGAGAAGAAGACGCGAGCUGCCAGGGAGGGUGACCGCAGAGAUAACAGACCUCGUGGACCUGGAGGCACUCGUGGGGGGCUGGGAGGUGGGAUUCGAGGGCCUCCUCGUGGAGGAAUGUCCCAGAAGCCAGGAUUUGGAGCUGGAAGGGGGAUCGGGCAACGCCAGUGAAUGCAUCGUGGAUGUUGACGUGGUGGCGCAAACCCUUUUUCCUGCAGAUUUGUGAAUUUCAGCCUUGGGUAUCUUGGAAUGUGGCCCUAGCCUGUUAUAGACUGCUACGUUUGAUACUAUUUUGGCCCCUUUUUGUUUGUGUUAUGGUUCUGUGAUUUUAUUUUUUUCUAGUCCUUGUCCCAGAUUCCAGCUUUGUGGAACAAUGUUUUAGGAAAAGUGGAUUUUAAAAAGAACGGAACUGAAUUUUCUUCUUCACCUCAAACUUACGGACUGGAUUUUUUUGGUACCAGUGGUUUUUCCUAAAGGAAUGUCUUUCUUUUUUUUUCUUUUUUUCUUUUUUUCCUCCCCCCUUCCUACUGAAUUUGAGUGCAUUUCAGUCAGUGGAAUAAUAUUUCACGUGCAUGCGUUCAAGAGCCUGUAGGAAAACGUAGUACUUGGCAAGUAUUUCAAGGGCAGAAAAACAAAACUAUUGAUUUAUUCUUUGAGGGUCAUACGAACAUCCUCUGGUCUGGAGAUAUUGCCACUUGACAAAUUGACUUUCUCUUUGUGGCGCUGUAAAAGUGGAAUAAUGGGUUUCUGUAGGAUCUCUUUUUCUUUUGAUACAUGAUCACAGAAAUGAAUUCGAACUACUGUUUUACCACUUUGAAAUUUUGGAUUGUGGGAUAGGUUUUAAAUGUCUAGAACUUGACUCUUGAAACACUUUUCCUGAACUUGUGAAAUUUUUUUAUUGAACUAGGGAGUUUUUUUCAUGUUUAGUUUGUAUUUGUAUAAAAAAAAAGCAAAAUUGUUGUGCCUUCUAUUUAUCUCUCAUUCCAGUCUUGGCGAAUUGUUUAAUAAAAUAAAAAUAAAAAAGGUCUAGAUUUGCUUUAUCAA